UGUAAGCAACGAGAGCGUGUCCGGGUAUUUCCUGGAGUAAUUCCUCUUCGCAUUCUGCCCCUCAACUCAAACCCGAAACGAAUUUUCUUCGUGGAUGCCUCACAACUGCAGCGGGCUGUCCUCGCGUGGACUACGUCGGGAUGGUCUACGCGCAGAAGACGCUCCUGGCUCGAGAUAAGACGCCUUCCCGGGAAUGACUUUAUAAAAUUCACGUCUGGGAAUUUUAGAAAGGUUUUACAACGGGCCGGAGGAAGGACUCAAAAAAAAAAGUCAGCAUGCUGGACGAUAAAUCGCCGAGAGUGAAAUUCGGUCCUCCAUCGAGAGGUUCGUCUUUUUACAUUGAGAAUUUGCUGGGAACUACAGGAAGACGUUCUUCAGCCGAGGAGCGAGCGGAGACUCCGAGCUUCAAAGUUACCGGUCACGACCCGAUGAUGUGUCCGGGUUUGGAAACGAGACGUCUGAGCGACAAUGACGGGUCGGAUUGGAGCGGAACAUUUCCAAACACAGCGAAUGGCAGCUCGAGAAGUCCUCUUUACAAGACCAGUUACUCACAUGAACACACAGACCCUCUGCUAACCAGAGAACGGGAUUCCCCAACUUUGACGGGACAGGCGGAGGAGAACGAUAAACCGGCUGAGAAGGGGGGCGACGGGUUGACAGAUGAGAGGGAAGAGGAAGACACACACUCCUCUUGCGUGUCUCUAGGAGACAGCUGUGACACAGGUGACAUCAAAGUGGUGCGAAAGAAGAAGACGCGCACUGUAUUCAGCCGCAGUCAGGUGUUCCAGCUGGAGUCCACUUUCGACCUGAAGCGCUACCUGAGCAGCUCGGAGCGAGCCGGGCUGGCUGCGUCGCUGCAGCUCACUGAGACCCAGGUGAAGAUCUGGUUCCAAAACCGCAGGAACAAGUGGAAGCGGCAGAUCACGGCCGACAUGGAAGCCAGCAGCGCCACCUCACCGUAUACUGCCCAGAGGGUGGUUAGAGUUCCCGUGCUGUAUCGCGAGAACGUCACUACGCCGCUGACAUUGACAAACCUGCCCCACGUGUCAUCUCCAGUAGUUGGCUUCUCUAACUCUAUUAACUAUCCGCUGAAUGGCCACUUCACCCAUCCGGUGUCAUUCAUAACGCCACAGAUGACUGGACUGGUGUGACUUUAAGAAUGGAAGAGACCCGGUACACCUGUGACUCACAUUAAUCAAUGAUGCUGCAAAAUGUUCAUGUUAGAAAAAUUCAGUAAAGUUAAUCCUUGCAGUGCACGGGGGAUUUUCAUCCUGUGCUGAAAUGUUUCUUUUGGAUGUUUUCUGGAAGUAAUUUAGAUAAAUGCAGGCAAAUGUGGCCGUGGCUACCUUGCACUCCUUUACACAAUGCAAUUUCUCAUCAUUAGCAGAAAAUAUCAAUUUAUUUUAAGCAAAGGUCAUUUUUAAGCUUUAGUGCUAGACAUGGAACACUGGACCAUUUCUUUCACUCAAAAUGUCGAUGAUCCCCAUUCGUGGAAUCAAAUAAGGGUCAAUAUGUUUACAGCUUGUAAAGCAAUAUGGAGAAAUUAAAACAAAGAAAAAAAAACUUUGUGUGAAAUCAUUAAAUUAAAACGGUGGAAGAAAAAUGUGGAAAUGAAAACACAAAUUACUACGAACAGUCUGGUUACACACUGAAAAAUACUUAAAGGAUAAAAUCAGGGCCAAAAGUUAAAUUAAAAAAAUGUUUUUCUACACUUUUUGCUUUUAAAUUGUCUUCACAUGCUCUCUUUUCUUUGCACUGCUAAUUUUCCCAUCACACUCAAUUUAUCAUGUGCUUUUAAGUUUUCAAAUUCUUUCUGAAGUUUUCCAAAAAUAAAAAAUAAAAAAAUGUCACAAGCUCUAAAUCUUACUAAAAUGUAGCUCCUUCAUGAAAAAGCUGGUUUGGUUUUUGUGACUUUGUGACUUUUGAUAGCUGUGAACUGGGGUAGGUUAUUAGCAACAACGAAUGACAGACACA